UAGGGAGUUACAGAUGAUUACCAUGCUUAGCAGCAAUCUCUCUCUCUUUUCUCUGGUCACCUUUCUCUGCAUUUGUUUGUGUGUUGGAAAUUUCCAUGCAAAGAAGUGUGCUGAGACGGACAGGCUAGCUCUUCUUAAAUUGAAAGACGGUUUCAUUGAUGAAUUGAACUCCCUUAACUCAUGGAAUGGUGAAGAUUGUUGCCAGUGGAAAGGAAUUUCAUGCGAUAAUUUAACUGCUUAUGUAACCGACUUGAAUCUCUCUGAUUCCUUGCUUAAAGGUAAGCUGGAUUCUUCAAUAUGUGAACUCAAACAUCUCACUUUCUUUCAUCUCAGUGAUAAUGAAGUAGAAGGAGUGAUCCCAAAUUGCAUUGGCUCACUCGUUCAAUUGAUAGAGUUGAAUCUUGGAUAUAAUAAACUAGUUGGUGGCAUUCCUCCAACUCUGGGGAACCUUUCAAACUUGGAAACUCUUUAUCUUCCCUAUAAUUUCUUGCUUGCGAAUGACCUUGAGUGGGUUUCUCGUCUUUCUACCUUGAAAUACCUUGAUCUGUCGCAUGUGCAUCUUAGUCAAAGUGCUGAUUGGCUAUCAUCAAUGAGUAAAAUUCCUUCUCUGUCGGAGCUUCGUUUAGAUGGUUGUGGGAUUGGUCAAGUCAUUCCUAAAUCUAUUCGCCAUAUUAAUUCUUCCACUUCUCUCAAAACUCUCAGUCUUUCGAACAAUCUGUUAAACUCUUCAACUCUGUCACUGGUGCUGAAUGUCAGCAAAGUCCUCACAUAUCUUGAUCUCUCCUCUAACUCUUUGCAGCAUAAUAUUCCAGAUGGAUUUGUAAACAUGGUUUCUCUUUCCCAUCUACGAUAUCUAUAUCUCUCGGGUAACGAGCUUGAGGGUAACAUACUAAAGUAUGUUCCGACUUUUUUUCAGCUCACAGAGUUGCGAUUGGAUGGAAACAAAUUGUCUGGCAAACCCGUUGACUACGUACGACAGUUGUGCUCUGCACAAGAUGGUUUAGAGGUUUUGGUUCUCGGCAAUAACCCGUUUAGUAGUGCACUAUUUCCUGAUUUUUCAUGUUUUUCAUUCUUGAAGACAUUAUCACUUCAAUCUUCCAAUAUUACUGGGUCAUUAUCACAAUCAUUUAGUAAACUUGCCUUGCUAGAGGAAUUGGAUCUUUCCGACAAUCAUUUGAAUGGGACACUUCCUUCUGCUGUUUGGCAACUUUCUAGUCUUAGGACGUUGGUUCUCUCUUCAAACGAGUUAAAUGGUAUCGAUGUCAAGUCGCAUCUGUCAAAUCUAUCACAUCUAUAUCUCCGUGAUAACCAACUAAGUGGAUCACAACCCUUGUUUGAGAUUAGUAAACUUGCCUCGUUAGAGGAAUUGGAUCUUUCCGAUAAUCAGUUGAAUGGGACGCUUCCUUCUACUAUUUGGCAACUUUCUAGUCUUCGGAGAUUGGCGCUCUCUUCAAACAAGUUAAUUGGCGUGGAUGUCAUUCAUGAGUCGCUUUUGUCGAACUUAUCAUACCUUGACAUCACAGAUAACCAAUUAAGUGGAUCACAAACAUUAUUCGAGAUUAUUAAACUUGCCUCACUAGAGGAAUUGUAUCUUUCCAAUAAUCAGUUAAAUGGGACACUUCCAUGUAAUAUUGGGGGACUUUCUAAUCUGACAACGUUGUAUCUCUCCUCAAAUAAGUUGAAUGGUGUCGUUAAUGAAUCACAUCUAUCAAACCUGUCUCAAUUGGAAUAUCUGAAUGUGGCUGGAAAUGCACUUACAUUCAAUUUUAAUUCAAAUUGGGUUCCACCGUUCCAACUCCAUGGAUUAGUUGCAUCAUCAUGCAUCUUGGGUCCUAAAUUUCCAACAUGGCUCAGAAACCAAAUAGAACUCGGUGACUUGGAUAUCUCUAACAGUGGUAUUUCAGAUUCAUUUCCUAAUUGGUUUUGGAACCUGUCUUCAAGGUUGUCAUACUUGAAUGUUUCUCAUAACAAAAUUAGUGGAGCAUUGCCCCUAUCGUUACCAAGUACAAAAGGAAAUAGUAUGGACCGGUUUAGAUGGGAUUUGAGUUUCAACAAUUUGUCCGGUCCAUUGGCUCCAUUCCCAGAACUAGAUACUCUGUUACUCUCGAAUAAUAUGUUUUCAGGGUUCAUUACUUCUUUUUGUGCAACGCCACCAACGAUGGUAACUAUUCUCGACUUGUCUAGUAACUUACUAGCGGGGACACUUCCAGAUUGCUGGGGGAAAUUUCAAAGUUUAAUUGUUCUAAAUCUGGCAAAAAAUAAUUUAUCAGGGAGAAUACCCAAGUCAUUUGCCACUUUACGACAAAUUGAGUCGAUUAAUUUAAAUAGCAACAACUUCUCUGGUGAAAUUCCAUCCAUGUCCUCCUGCAGCAGUUUACAAUUUAUUGAUUUUGGGAAUAACAAUCUCCAGGGAACAUUGCCGGCAUGGGCAGGCCAUAACUUGCGCCAAUUGAUGGUGCUGCGUCUAGAGGCAAAUAAAUUCAAUGGAAGCAUACCCACAAGCCUCUGUAAUCUUUUAUAUCUUCAAGUGUUGGAUCUCUCUAACAAUAAUAUUACGGGGGAAAUUCCACAAUGUCUCAGUCGCAUAAUUGUUCUGUCAAAUGUGAUGUUUUUAACCCCAACCUUUUCGCAUGGAGGAUUCGGUGCCAUCCUCGGUGAAGAAAUUUCCAGAUUCCUUGACAAAGCAAUGUUGGAAUGGAAAGGACAAGACCAAGAAUAUGAGAAAAAUCUAGGACUUAUGACAAUCAUUGAUCUUUCUUGCAACCAAUUAACAGGAGAGAUACCAAAAAGUAUAACAACACUUGCGGCUUUAGCUGGCUUGAAUCUCUCAAGAAAUAAUCUCACAGGAUUCAUUCCCGACAAAAUUGGUCAUAUGAAAAUGUUGGAAUCACUUGACUUGUCAAGAAACCAUCUUUAUGGAAGAAUGCCAACAAGCCUUUCAAAUUUGACUUUUCUCAGUUACAUGGACUUGUCUUUCAACAACUUGUCAGGGAAAAUUCCUAAAAGCACUCAGUUACAAACCUUUGAUGCCUCUGCUUAUAAAGGAAAUAGUGGACUUUGUGGUCCACCACUCCCAAAUCGUUGUCUAGACGCUGUUUCACCAAAUGGAAGCAUCGAUGAAAACAGUGUUGAAGAAGAUGGAGACGAAGAUGAACUCAUAACCAUUGGUUUUUACAUCACCCUGGGGUUUGGAUUUUGUGUUGGAUUCUGGAGUGUUUGUGGAACUUUAAUUAUAAAAAGUUCAUGGAGACGCGCCUAUUUUCAGUUCUUUAACAACUUGAAUGACUGGAUAUGUGUGACACUCGCUGUCUUUGUGGCUCGAAUGAAACGGAAAUUCCAAGUUCAAGACUAAAAAGAAGGGAGCACGUUGUUGAAAUCUACUGGUUGGUCGUUGAAAAACUAUUAGAGUUAAGCAAUAGAUCUCAGGAUUUCAGAUUGUCUUGGAUUCCCAGAGAGUAAUAACGGUUGCAAGUUAGAUGGAUGUUCCUUCACUUUUCCAUGUUGUACUUUGUGUUUUUUGAUCUUUUUGAAAUUGCCUUUUUGAUCAAAAGUAAAAAGAUUAUAUGUUCCUUUG